AUGUCUGCUGAUGCGCAACCAAACUCGAAACAACGUGCUACGGAAGAUGCGCCGCCGCCAUCGCCGCCUUUGCUCAAAGAGAAAGCCGCUGUUGGCGCACUUUGUGUUGUGUGCGGCGAUCGCGCGUGCUCGCAUUUGUACUACGGUGUAGCCGCGUGUCACGGAUGCAAGUGUUUUUUCUGGCGAACCGUCAAGAGUAGACUGUCUUACGCGUGCCGAUACGGUGGAAACUGCUCGAUUUCCACUGCCGGCCGAAACGCCUGCCGCUAUUGUCGAUUCAACCGCUGCCUGAAUGUCGGUAUGAAAAUGGAAGCGGUCAAAAUGGACAAAAAAGUGGUGAAACGGAAGAGAAAAGAUAUGGAUAGCGAUGAGUUCGAUGAUAAUCAAGAGAACUAUGAAGCGCCAGAUAUUAAAAGAGUCAAAUCGGACAACCGUUUGUUAGUCUCAUCGUUGCUUCUGAUCGAUAAGACCUCUUCGGAUGGCAACGCGAAAGGACCUUUGCUUCAUUUUGUCCAACCAUCGCUUACCAAUCUUUUCGAUGAGCCAGAACUUCUUGACGGUUAUCGCACAGAGAUGAGUUAUCGAGCGACUCAUCAAGCAGAUGAAAAAUCGUGUUACGAUACUGAACGUCGGUUGGUUACUUGGGCAAUUGACUGGUGUCGCCAGACGGCCGAAAUUGAGGAAACGCUUUCAACAACGGAUAAGAUCGCGUUGUUGCGAACCUGCUGCUCGUCGUUGCUGCUUUUGGAGCUCGGCGUGCACGGCGUCGGUCUUCCGGAGACACAAAUUCCCUUAUGUAACAACACCUAUCUUUCAACUCACGAACUACCACCGUCCAAUUCGUUCAUAAGCUGGAAGACGCUCCAGUCUUUGUCGAAAUGGACACAUCGUGAGUUGAAGCCGCUUUGCUUGAAGCCAAAUGAAAUCGUACUGCUCAAGGCUUUGGUCGUUUUGAAUCCAGUUGCUGCCGGACUUUCGCCUGAAGGAGAAUCAGCAGUUCGUCUCCUUCGUCAACGUGUCCACUCAGCCCUUUUCCAAAUCUCGUCUGAGAAUAAGGACGCCGUCACCGCCGCCUCGCGUUUCGCCACAAUCCUUCUACUUCUUUCCCAGCUUUCUUUGAUGGGAGUUGAAGUUGUUGAACAAGUUCGCGUGCGCAACACGUUCGCGAAGCGCGUCGCUGGAGUUGAAGGAUUGCUUCUUUGGCAAUUAUACGGUGAUAUCUUCGACGAUUCGGCUAAUUUCGAUUCUUAUCUCGAUUCGGCAUCGUGCAGCCCGACUGACAGCCAGUAUUCGAUCGGCACUUUCGUCGUCGUCGAUCAACCAAACUCAGUCUCAUCGCCACUGGUACGAGUUAAACCCGAACAGCUCUCCGAUGGUGAUAGCAAAACGACACCGAUGACGAACGCUGGCGUCGCUGUCACUGGCGACGGUUACGAUCUCGAACGGCACUUGUUUGUCAACGACUCAACCUUUGGUUUCACUGAAUUCGAUCAAUAUUUCCCAAACAACGAGUGGUACCAAUUGUCGGAGUCGACACCAUCACAACAAGCGCCAUUCUUCGAAAUAUCCGGGUGA